CUGAUAGGUGGCACUGAUUGGCAGCACUGAUAGGUGGCACUGACUGGCAUUGAUAGGUGGCACUGGCUGGCACUGAUGGGUGACACUGAAAGGCAGCUCAGAUGGGUACUGAUAUGUGGCAUUGAUGUGCACUGGUAGACACUGAAAUGUGGCAUUCAUGUGGCACUGAUGGGCACUGGCAGGUGGCACUGCUGGGGCUACACUGAUCAUCAGGGCACACUGAUCAUCAGUGCCCUGAUGAUCACUGUCAGUGUGACAGCUCGUGAGGAAAGAAAUGCCGAUAACCGGCAUUUCCUUAUUUACAUGCGAUCAGCUGUGAUUGGACACAGCUGAUCACAU